AGGAAUACAGGAUAAAGUAGUUGCCCUAAACUAAAACUCAACUAUCCUUUCAUAAGCAACUCAUCUUCAUCUUCAUUUUCAUCUCUAUCAUCUGCAAACUAACACACACACCUUUGCACUACUUCAACAAACAACAAUGGCAGGAAUUGGACCCAUGAGCCAAGAUUGGGAGCCCGUUGUCAUCCGCAAGAAAGCCCCCAACGCUGCCGCCAAAAAAGACGAGAAGGCCGUCAACGCCGCUCGUCGUGCUGGUGCCGAGAUCGAAACCGUUCGUAAAGCGGUGGCUGGAACAAACAAAGCUGCAUCCAGCAGCACCACUCUGAAUACUCGAAAGCUGGAUGAUGAAACUGAGAAUCUUGCUCAUGAUCGAGUUCCAACUGAAUUGAAGAAGGCCAUCAUGCAAGCUCGAAUGGAUAAGAAGCUCACUCAAUCUCAACUUGCUCAGUUGAUUAAUGAGAAGCCACAGAUUAUACAAGAAUAUGAAUCCGGAAAAGCCAUUCCAAACCAGCAGAUCAUUGGCAAACUUGAGCGCACUCUUGGGGUGAAACUGCGCGGAAAGAAGUAGACAUAAAAACACAAGUACCCGAAACUGUCCGUUUAAUGUGUCAUGCAGUUUGAAACUGGUGUAAAUGACUUCCAGACUGUUGCUUUUGUAUAAAUCUGGGGUUGGACUAAAUCUAUGGAUAUGAAUAACACAACGUUUGAUCUUUUGUUCCCUGCCA